UUUCCAUUCCCGGCCUGUUAUCCCCGGUAAUGUGCGGAAUAUCCUCAAUUAUCCCGGAUUAUCCCCGGAAAUAUUUUUACUAGUUUAAAUGUGGAUUUGCGGCCGGAUUAGCGGGACUCGGCGCACUGCUGACAGGGAUACGCAAUUGAUAAGUGGAAAUGGAACUGUUUAAGUUGAUUCGAUGUGGAUUCAGUUAAGUUGCUGGGAGUGGUGGCCGAAAUAUAAAUAAAUCGCCACCAGAAAGCGCUUUUGCCGAAACCUGAAAGUGAAUUCCCAAUUAUUCCGGUAAAAACGGAGUAGUCUUUUUUUAGACACAGAACAUUCGGUUAAGAGGAGCGCCGUGACAAAAUAAAUCAACUUAUUUAUAACCUGGGGCCUAAACUCGAAAUGAAACACCGUCAGUUAAGUUAAGAGUGCCAGUUUAUAUCACACUAUUAAACACGCGGGAACUGCCGAUUUUUCGCGAAAACUUACCAAAUUAAAUUCAAGCUGGACCGGAAGAACCAUAGACGAUUUUUUGUAAACACUGCGAUGGUCAUUAUAAAAGCUCUAUGGCAACUUUUGAACUUUUGAGGCUUUGACGGGCCCGGGAAGUUUCUUCCAACAACUCUCAAUUGGAAAGUCCCGAUCAAAUAACCAGAUAUAUCCAAGUUAGUGUAUAUGCAGCUUUUUGGUGAGUUUUCUGGUUGGCACAGUGGAAAUUUAGUAUAUUUAAAAGCUUCAGUAAGUUCGGCAAGUCGCCGCUAAGUCCCAACUGACCAAUAACAACUCAGAUCAAUCCCUUAGAAUGAAAGCAAAUGACGGAGAAACAUCGACAGUCCACAGCCGCCAAGAGGAGCCGAUGGCCACCCGAUCGGCCGUAUUUUGCCCGCCGGGAUUUCGAAUGGGAAUGUACGGAUGGCGGAAGAAGUGCCUCUAUGGGUUGAUUCUAGUUCUACUCUUCAUGGUAAUAGUCAACUUAGCUUUAACUUUAUGGGUGCUGAAGGUUCUGGACUUUUCAACGGACGGAAUGGGUCAACUGGAGGUCGUCCCAGGAGGGCUCAAGCUGAAGGGCAACGCCUUUGUCCUGGACAACCUGAUAGCCAAUCAAAUUCGGUCGAGAAGCGGGGAACCAAUAGUGAUCGAGUCCAGCAGGAACAUCACCCUCCGAUCCAGAGACAAGCUGGGGAGAUCCAGUACUGUGGUGCACAUGGGCAUAGAUAGCUUAGAGUGUCUAGCGAACAAAUUUCAAAUCCUGGACGAUCGAGGUGGUUUGCUGUUCUCGGCAGACCGCAGGGAGGUGGUGGUGGGGGCGGAAACCUUGAGGAUAACCGGAGAGGGAGGAAGUCGGUUCAGUGGCAGCGUCCAAACCAGACUAGUACGGGCUGAAAGUGGUCAUGAUUUAAGGUUGGAGUCUCCAACGCGAGGUCUGCAAAUCAGGGCGCCGAAGGAACUGAAGCUGGAGUCGAGAGGAGGACACAUCAACGCACUGGCACAGAACGACGUUUCGUUUCGCAGCGAGAUGGGCGCCAUCCGUCUUCAGUCGUCGUCCAUCAUUGUGCCUCAGUUGCCCACUGCCAAAGUGACGAACCGACAAGUGGGAGCGCGCAGCUUCGAAGUGUUCCAAUUGUGUGCAUGCGAAAAUGGCAAACUAUUCUUGGCCGAUCCCCAUGUGGUGUGCGCAAGUGAAAAUGAGGAUAGCUUUUGUCGAUAACAGUCCUAAAACCUGCGAGACUUACCGAAAACACUUUUUAAACCCCACUGGGGCGACAAAAGACUACACUACACAAAGGCUGUAGACAAUAUGCCAUAAAAUAAACCAUGUAAAAAAAUGCUAUCAUCCGCAGCAUUUCAAAGCAGAACAUGCAAAAGCAGACCAAGUGCUAUAAAACCACAUCUCUAGACAACCUUCUAGUCAAUUUCUAGGUCCAUUAAUUAGUGCAUCAAUAAGCAAUUGAAAGUGAAUGUUGUAAAAAAGCGCUUUACAAGUUGUAAUGUUAAUGCAAAUUCCACUGUACAUAUGUAAUGUGUAAAAAUAUUUUAUAAACAAUGUUAUCAGGCCCUUGAGGUUGUUUUGUUGGCGCUUCCUGCAAAUAUAAAUCAACAUGAUCAA